UGCAGGAAGAGGAGGAGGAAUGGCAAUGAAGAGGAUGGUCACGUUCCCCAGAGCAAACGUAGCACCAGGAACUCUGUCCUGCAGGACUCGUGGGACACUGAGAAGGUGGCUGUAACGAAGCUCACUAAGGAGCGCAGACUAAAAGGAAACAAAGUGUCCUGUGCGUCCUCCAGCAGUGACAGCGGGAGCAGCAGCAGCAGCAGCUGUAGCAGCAGCAGCAUCAACAGCCCUGACAGAGCAGAGUCCAGCCUCAACCCCAGGAUUGCAGGAUCCAGCCCUGUCUCCUGCCAGCCCUUCCACGAGCAGUCUGCACUAAGCCAAGGUCCUUACUUCCACAUCAACCAGAUCCUGAAGGAAGCCCACUUCCACAGCCUACAGAGCCGGGGACGCCUCCCUACAUGAUGACCCAGCAGCUCCCUGCCUUCUGUGAAGGGACAGCACUGUGUAGAUUUGAUAUUUCAACUUCAAAGUUUGUUAAAAUGGAAUUGCACAAAAUUGCCUGUUGCCUUUUCAGUCUAUAUUUGAAAUAACAGGUUAACAGGAGAUUGUUUACUUGUGGUUUGCUGCACUAUUGCAAUGCAAAAGGGGCUUUGAAGCAAUUUUUAUAGGAUUCUUUUUGGGGUGGUUCUAAAGUACGUGGCAAGAGGAGACUGAGGAGUCCACAUGUGUGUUAUAGGAUUGCAAACUGUCCAAUUCCAAUCGACUGCCUAAUCUGUUUGUUAGCAAGUUGUUGCUUUCUGUAAAGUUCUCUUAAGCGUUCCUCUUCAGUUUUAUAAGUCUUUUUUUAAUUUCAAUAAACUAGUUAAAAAAUGA